UUAAACCUUUUAAAAAUGGCAUUCAAGUUCUUGGCAUUCUGCGCUUUCGUCGCCGUCGCUCGUGCUGGAGUCAUCAGCCACGCUCCAGCUUAUGCUGCUGCCCCAGCCUAUGCUGCUGCCCCAGCCUAUGCUGCCGCUCCUCUCGCCUACGCCGCACCAGUUGCCCAUGCUCCAGUCUAUGCCAAGGCCAUCCACCACGACGAUGAAUACGAUCCAAACCCACAAUACAGUUUCGCCUAUGAUGUUCAAGAUGGUUUAACCGGUGACUCGAAAAGCCAACACGAAACUCGCUCAGGAGAUGUUGUCCAAGGCAGUUACUCAUUGAUCGAUGCUGAUGGCCACAAACGUACCGUUGACUACACAGCUGAUCCACACAACGGUUUCAACGCUGUUGUCCACCGUGAACCACUCGUCCACAAAGUCGCCGCCGUUACCAAAGUAGCUGCCCCUGUUGCCUACGCUGCUGCCCCAGCCCAUUAUGCUCACUCACCAAUCUACCACUUCUUGGCAUUCUGCGCUUUCGUCACUGUCGCUCGUGCUGGAGUCAUCAGCCACGCUCCAGCUUAUGCUGCAGCUCCAGCGUAUGCUGCAGCCCCAGCCUAUGCUGCCGCUCCUCUUGCCUACGCCGCACCAGUUGCCCAUGCUCCAGUCUAUGCCAAGGCCAUCCACCACGACGAUGAAUACGAUCCAAACCCACAAUACAGCUUCGCCUAUGGUGUUGAAGAUGGUUUGACCGGUGACUCGAAAAGCCAACACGAAACUCGCUCAGGAGAUGUUGUCCACGGCAGUUACUCAUUGAUCGAUGCUGAUGGCCACAAACGUACCGUUGACUACACCGCUGAUGACAUCAAUGGCUUUAACGCUGUUGUCCGUCGUGAACCACUCGUCCACAAAGUCGCCGCCGUAGCUGCCCCAGUUGCCUACGCUGCCGCCCCAGCCCAUUACGCACACCACUAAAUCUGCAUCGGAAAUAAUUAGAUUUAAUACUGUAAAAACCAAUGAAAAAUUAAAUUGGAAAAAAACACACACACAAAACAGACUCAAAUGAAAUUAAUUUGAAGUGCACACACACACACACCUACGAAAUCUAAAAAAAAUUCAAUUCACUUCUUGUGGUGAGAUUAUUCUUUUUCCGUACUUUCUGUAUAUGCCGUUUUUUAGUUCAAAAGAUUCCACACAACUGA